CCGCAGCGCCAAACACCCUGAAACAUCAGUGAGCAGAUCACGAGAACUCAUCAACCUAGCUAGUACCACACCAACCCAAAUCUUUCUUCCAGCACCGACCUGAUCACGUACGUAGGUGCGCCGUCGUCAUGGUGCCAAGGCUAGAGCGCGGCGCCGGCGGAUUUCAGCUCCCCAACUCGGAGCAGGAGAACUCUCUCUUCCUCCGCGCCCUCAUCUCCGUCGUCUCCGGGGACACCGUCGUCCCCACGCUGCACCUGGAGCCGUCGACGCCGCCCUUUGCCACCGCCGUUGCUGCUCCCACCGCUGCGACAACAUGCGUCAGGUGCGGCGCGGACGGGUGCCUCGGAUGCGAGUCCGUCGCAGCUGCGGCGGCGACGACCGGCUCGAGCAGCGAGGGCGAGGAGUGCUCGGCGGCGAGCUUCGUGAAGGAUGGCGGCGUGGGCAAGCGGCGCGCCAGGAGAGGGAGCAAGUUCAGGGGCGUGCGGCAGCGGCCGUGGGGGAAGUGGGCGGCGGAGAUCCGCGACCCGCACCGCGCGGUCCGCAAGUGGCUUGGCACCUUCGACACCGCCGCCGAGGCCGCGCGCGCCUACGACGUCGCGGCUUUCGAGUUCCGCGGACAGCGGGCGAAGCUCAACUUCCCGAGCACCGCCGCCGCAUCAUCUUCCGUGUCGGCGUCUGCGUCUGCUUCUGCUUCUAGUUCAUCCUGGGCGGCCGUGCAGCCGCGGCCGCUGCACUUACCGGAGAGCCAUCGCGAGAACAGCGGGUCGAACGCAUCGUCACCUGCCCAGGUACGGCAUGUGCCGGAGCAGGGAAGGGCGCCGGUGGGGAGGGAUCAGGAGAUCUGGGACGGGUUGCAGGAGAUCAUGAUGCUGGACGAUGGCAGCUUCUGGCCUAAGGCGCCAUGAUCUCGUAGCAAUUUUUUCUUACAAAAAAUGAGUUGAAGAAGGAUAGAUCCAACAAUCUCUACAGAUGUGUGUAACAGGGAAAGACGCACAAAAGAUUUUGGGAAUUCAUGGAGUUUGGAAUA